UUUCUACACGUUAAAGUUGAGGACCCCAGACUAGCUCUUCCCAUCUAUUUUACUCCAGUUUACGCUUCUUGUGAUGCUUCUGUCAGGAGGGAUUUGUGGGCGGGUCUUCACCACAUCUCCCUCGAUAUGGAGGACCCUUGGAUAGUUGGGGGAGACUUUAACGUUAUUACUCAUGAUGGAGAGCGCACGGGUCAUAAUACUCGUGAUCGAGGCACUACAGCUUUUUCUGAUAUGAUGUUGGACAGUGGUCUAGAGGAUGCAGGUUUCCUUGGGAAUCGAUACACUUGGACCAAUGGGCGGGUCAGGAAGAGAUUGGAUAGAGUACUCAUUAAUUCUUCAGCUGCAGCAUUUUGUCGACAGCUUACAGUGAAGUACUUGAACAGGACUUCAUCUGAUCACUCACUCUUACUACUUCAGUGGACUUCUGAUGAUGACUUGGGGCCUAGGCCUUUCAGAUUCCUCAACGUUUGGACCAAGCAUCAUGAUUUUUUAGCAUUUGUCUCUCAGAAGUGGUCACUCCCCACUCAUCUUGCGGGGAUGCGAGUGAGGGAUGCUGAGGACACGGUUGAUGAGGCAGAAAUUGUAUUUGACAGUGACCCUACACCGGAACAUCGUGACAUACUGCAUCAGGUCCAGGCAGCUUUGAACCAGACUUUAUCUAUUGAGGAGGGCUUCUGGAAGCAAAGGGCUGGCUCACGUUGGGCAGGGGAAGUCUUAGCUACUCCUGCUGAUAUUCAGACCUCGGCUAUUGAUUUCUACCAGGAUCUCUUAUCUACUCCUCCACAACCUUUGGACCACAUCCGUUCUGAUGUCAUUCCGAGGCUUUUGACGGAGGAUGAUAAUUUGGCACUAAACCGCCCCCCUUUGAUUUAUGAGGUACGGGAGGCAGUUUUCAGUAUUGAUGCUGACAGUGUCGCUGGCCCGGAUGGCUUCUCAUCCCUAUUCUUCCAGCAUUACUGGGAUAUUAUUCAGGAGGAUGUUUACAGGGCGGUAUUGGACUUCUUUGAUGGUGGUCAUCUUCCACGGGUUUUGCUGCUACUUCUAUUGUCUUGCUACCUAAAAAGGAUGGUGCUUGCAGAUGGACUGAAUUCAGGCCAAUCAGCUUAUGCACAAUGUUCAAUAAGAUUAUUACUAAGCUUUUGA